AUGCCUCCCAGAACAGCCCCGAAACCGAAGACCUCGCUCGCUUUCCCGUCCAAGACCACAACAACACGGAGGUCUAAUGCUCUGCUUGAGUUUGCUGGAACUCUGCACCAUCUGACGAUCGAGGCCAUCGAUUCCGGAAAGAAGAAGCUUUACGAAGCAAAAGUCUGGAUGAAGCCAUGGCCAUGGAUGGGCUUUAAGGAAGUGCAGGAGUUCAAGCACGCUGCUGAGAUAUGCAUGAACAUGGAAUGCACUCGAGUAGCUAUUAGAACUGGCUUUUCAAAAUCUGACGCGGAACAGAAGUAUGAGAAAACACAUGAAGACAAUCUACGUAACAUUCCUAUUGGGAAGAACGGCAAGUUGACCCAAUUGGUACAGUCUUCGUUUGGUUUUCUUGCAAAAAAGCUCUCUCUGGGAUGUUGA